AAAUAAUAUUUUAUUACAAUUUUAUAAUAAAACCGAUACUAAUUAGUUUCAAGAAUGUUACAGCUUAUUUUCUUUGGCAUUAAAAGUGAUUGUUUCAAAAUAAUGACCGACGGAAAUAAUGAAUUACUUCGAUGAAGAUAAUAUUUCAAGAAUUUUACGAACUAUGAAAAAAAAAUAUGCGGAUUUGAAAGACAAAACAUCGCUAUUAUUAUUGUCACGUGUAAAAUAAUACAUUUACUUGCAAUUAUCUGUCGUAUUUGAUUUGUUUAUUACCACACAAAGAAACAAAAAAAUGAAUGAAUAUUUCUUUAUUUUAUUAAUUUAAUAUAAUACCUAAUAUUUUUCAAAAAGCAGUCUCGCAGCCCUUAAUUCAGGGAGUGAGAUAUAUUCAAUUAUCCAUAUCACGAUCUUCGUGAGUUAUAACUAUAAAAAGACACAUCAAACCAGAUUGAUGAUAAUCAAUCGAGAAACACAAAAUUACUUCAAAGUGAUAUCCCAACAAGAGUUGAUACUUCGCAACGUAUGAAAUCAGAAAUAACAUGUAAAAGCAAGAAAUCGGAGGAUAUAUCUAAUGGUGAUUGUAUAAUAAAGUUGAGAAACAAAUGUCCUUUAAAAGAACGUAGACUGACGUUAGAGAAUCACAAUUACGAUUUACGUCAAACAAAGGAGACUUCAAAUGUCAUUGACAAAAUAACAAGAAAUCAAGAAGCAUUGACUUGCGUGACAAACGACUUCAGAUGCAACAAGAGAUCAACUAUGAUAGCUUAUCUGGCGGAGAAACACAAUGGGAAUGGUAGAACGAGCGAAGAUGGGAACUGCAAGAAAAAACGUGAAUUCGUUUGUAUCGUUUGUGAUUUGGUAUAUGCAAAAAAGGAAACAUUGAGAUCACACUUUGUACGAAAGCAUACUCAACAUUAUUGUUACAUCUGCAAAUACUGUGGCAAACAAUUUAAAAUCAAGAGUGAUCUUACGACUCAUACGAGACUGAUUCAUCAAGAAUCACCAGUGAUAUGCGACGUCUGUGGAAAAACUUGCAAGAACAGUCAUAGUUUGUAUAUUCAUCAGAAACAUGCUCAUUACAAGGCAAAGUUUGAAUGUCCAAUGUGCCACAAACGUUUGGUAACCAAAGAGAAUCUGGACCAACACGUUUUGACUCAACACGAGAGAAAGGAGAAGUCUGUUUGCGAAAAAUGUGGCAAAACUUUCAUUGAAAAUUAUGAUCUCCGUAAACACAUGAGAAUUCAUACAGGUGACAAACCCUACAGCUGUACUGUUUGUGGUAGAGCUUUUGCUACUCACAGUAGUCUUAGUCAACAUCUUCUUCUACAUACUGGCGAACGAAUUUAUACCUGUGAUGUUUGUGGCAAGUCUUUCGCUCAAAAGGCCGGUCUUAUAUGCCACAGGAAGAACCAUUCAGGAACUCUACCACCACUACCUGUUAUACACAUCGAUCACAUUCUAAAAGAAUUUAAGAAGAAAUGAAAAAUCGAUAGAUAUAUCCGUUUCUUGUCUUUCGUAGACAACUUUUAGUUAAUAAUAUUUUAUCUAUAUUGUCAACAAAUCUACUAGUAUUAAUAUAUCAUAUUUUUAUAUACUAUAAACGUAAUUAUGUUCGUAAUUAUGAACAUUUGUGAUAGUUCGGAAAUUAUUCUCCGAAAGAAUGCGAUUUAUUAAAAAAAAAAAAAAAAAAAAAAAAACGUGUUCUAUGGAAUGUUCCAAUCAUUUUUUGAUAAUAUUUCUUUCAUCAUAAAUAAAAAUUCAUGCGUUUUAUCAGAUUGUAUGACAUUAGAAGCUGAUGAAAGGAAUUCAUGAAACCGAAUUUGGUAACAUGAGUUUCUUGGAUUAUGAUUCUAGUAUGAAUACACCGAUUCUUGUAUGAAAACUAGGCGAUAACACAUCGACGAUGUAUCUUUCGAUAUUAAAACUUACUCACAUGUGA